ACUCUGGAGUAACAGGUUAUGCGAAGAACAGAGGUCAGCCAGAUAUUCCUAGAAAAUUUAGAUCUAUAGAGAAGGAUCAAGAACAAGCCAAAGAAUUACUAACCUGGAUACAGAAUGCCAUAUCUUCUGGUCGAAUGGGUAAUCCAGGUAAGCCAGGAGUUAAAUGGUUCAAUAGAUUCUUAAAGGAUUAUAAUUUAAUUCCUCACCAUUUACGUAAAAUAGGGGCUGUAUAUGCUGUGGUAGUACAUGAGGCAAGGAAUUUAGCUCAUGCUAUGACAAUCUCUGACCCAGACGCGGAUGAAGAAGAAGAUGAGGACUCAGAUGUGGUAUCGUUAAAAAUUAGUUUUUUUCUUUUAGCCUCAGAUAGUCUUAAAGAAGAUUAUGGAAUACGUAAUCCUGUUGAGAAUCUCUAUAGGGAUGUAAUAGGUGAAAUAAAAUGUUUAGAUUUGCAAUUUUGCUAUAAAGAAAAGUGGCGAAGUUUAGAUGAUACCGAAGUAAUAGACUUUCAAAUUUGCAAAAAUCCAUCGUUCGAUUUUAUUCCUAAUCAUUCAUCAUGGAAAAUUAAUUGUCGCCUCGAACCAGGAUUUCUCGGACUAUCAAUGUGUACUGAUAAGCUCCUCAAGAAAAUAGGUGGUAAAAUUAGCAGAAAAUUAACACUCGAAGAAAAAGAUAGCAAAUUCAUCAGAGAAGAAGCCACAGCUCCACUUGGAUUGGCCGUAAUCCCACUUACAUUUACAUCUAAUAUAAAAGAUAAUAUCCGUCUUAAUAAUAAAAAAUCUAUCACGAUUCCAACCGAAGUACUGGUUGAUAGAUAUAACUCUACAUUACCUAAUUAUAUAUUGCUUGGUAAUAAUUGGUUCUAUGGACGCAAAUAUGAUGAUGAUGAGCUCCAGACUUAUAUACCAGAAAUAGUAACCAAUGCAGAAGAUGCCUGGGUAAGAACAACUUUGCGUAUUAAAAACCUAACUGAAAAGAAAGGGGAGAGAGUAAUAGUAUCUGUUAAUAAAAAAGAUAUUCAUGAUUUUUACAAAAUACUUCCUGGGAAAUCGAAAGAUUCGGGCACUUCCAAUUCGGAUACUUCUUCCAAUUCAGAUACUUCGGACAGCGAUUCAAGUAAUUCUUCCACAUCUAGUUCGGAAAUAGAA